AUGAAACCGGUUGAAGGUGAUGGUAACAGUCGAUUACCGACACUUGUUAAUGAAACAAUUCAAAUGUUGGAAAAUGUUGAACUUGAUGAUAGACAUCGUAGAAAUGCUCAUCACGUAUUAGAACAUUGGCGAACACAAUCAAUCGCUCGUAUUAACGAGACUCAUGUGCAAAAGUCAAAUGAAAUUAAUCUAGAAUUUGAAAAAUUACAAAAUGAUUUUAACUAUUAUAAACAUCGUCAUUUAAUUGAGUUAGAAAAAAAAAUAUUACCAAAUUUAAAACAGUCUACAAAACCGGAUGAAUUAUUACUUAUGUAUGAACAAGUAACAAAACUUCAACAAGAUAUUCAAAUAUUAAAUUCAAAAAAUUUAUUAAACAUUUCAUAUAUAAUAGGUUCAAUUGAUGAUUUAAAAAUAACAAAAACAACAGAUAUUUUUGAUCGACAAGAUUUACCAGUGAUUCUUAGACAACUUCAACAACAACCGAUAAAACAGCAUAUAUUUUCAUCAACUUGUCGUGCAAUGGCAUCAUCAAAUGAACAUAUUCUACUCUAUGAUAAAAAUGAAUUAAUUAUAUUUGAUCUUAAUAAUUUAUGUGGAACAAUAACAUGGUCAACAUCAAAACAAGGCUAUGUCAGUGAUAUGUGUUGGUGUCCGUUUAUGAACGUUUUUCUUGUUCUUGGACGUUUAUCUCUAAAUAUAUUUGAUCCGUCUAUAUUCGAUUGUAAAGAUAUUCCAAAUGUUAAAGGUACAAAUUUUAAUUCAUUAAUAUCUAUAUGUUGUUAUGAAAAUGAUGUAUUUAUAUGUUCACAUGAUCCGGAACAACAUUUAAAAUAUUAUUCAUUACCAUCAUGGAAAAAUGAUCAAAAAUGGUCAAAAAAUGAUUUAUGUUUAAAAGAUGAUCUUGGUAUUCGUUGUAUACGUACAAAUGGAAUACGAACUGCAAUGAUAAUUAAGCAAAAAAAUGAUUUAUUUCGUGUUGAUAUAUUCAAUUAUGAAUUAGGUAAAGUUUUACAAUCAAUAACAAUGGGUAGUUAUAAAAAUUCAAAAGAUUUUACACAUUAUAUGACAUUGCUCAAUCAAAAUCAAUGGUUAUGCUGUGUUAAUAAUGAACAUGCCGUUGUUAUUCUUGAUGAAUAUGGUCAAAAAUAUCGUAUAAAUAAUAUGCAAGCGUACAAUGCUUGUCUGUUUUCUACAACACACAUGAUUCUAAGAUAUGCUGAUCGAAUUGCAAUUAUGAUUAUCUAA